AAAGAUUGCAUGAACGCCCACCCACGCGCCGGGCGGGUCCCACUGGAGUCGCGCGGGACACACGUCACUUCCUCCCGGAAGACACUCUCUGGGGAGACCACUCCGAUCCCUGUCACUUGCCAGACCUCCGGGGGUGGCCAUGGCUCUGCCGCCCUUCUUCGCCCAGGGCCGCCCGGGCCCGCCGCCCCCCGCUCCCUUCGGCUGCCCGCCCCCGCCGCUGCCCUCCCCGGCCUUCCCGCCGCCUCUCCCGCAGCGGCCCGGCCCCUUUCCGGGCGCCUCCGCCCCCUUCCUCCAGCCCCCGCUGGCGGGGCAGCCCCGAGCGCCCGGGGAAGCCUCCCGCGGCGGCGGCGGCGGCGCCUUCUACCCGGUGCCGCCGCCGCCGCCGCCUCCGCCGCCGCCUCAGUGCCGACCUUUCCCGGGGAUCGACGCCGGCGAGCGCCCGCGGCCGCCGCCUCCCGGCCCGGGGCCGCCCUGGAGCCCGCGCUGGCCUGAGGCGCCGCCGCCCGACGCGCUGGGGGACGCGGCCCUGCAGCGCCUGCGCGACCGGCAGUGGCUGGCGGUGUUCGGGGCCCCGCGGCGGGCGGGCGGCCCGGCGUCCCCGCGCGCGCCGGCCGGGCCCUCCCUGGGCGAGGUACGCGCGCGGCUGCGCGGGGCCCUGCGCCUGGUGCGACGGCUGCGGGGCCUGGGCCAGGCGCUGCGCGAGGCGGAGGACGACGGCGCGGCCUGGGCGCUGCUGCACGCCCAGGCGGCGCCGCUGCGCGCCGAGCUGGCCGAGCGGCUCCAGCUGCUGACCCAGGCCGCCUACGUGGGCGAGGCGCGGCGGAGGCUGGAGCGGGUCCGGCGCCGCCGCCUGCGGCUCCGCGAGAGGGCCCGGGAGCGCGAGGCCGAGCGGGAGGCGGAGGCCGCGCGAGCCGCGGAGCGCGAGCAGGAGAUUGACCGCUGGAGGGUCAAGUGCGUGCAGGAGGUGGAGGAGAAGAAGCGGGAGCAGGAACUUAAAGCUGCUGCCGAUGGUGUCUUGUCCGAAGUGAGGAAAAAACAAGCAGACACCAAAAGGAUGGUGGACAUUCUGCGGGCCUUGGAGAAAUUGAGGAAACUCAGGAAAGAGGCUGCAGCAAGGAAAGGGGUCUGUCCUCCAGCCUCAGCAGAUGAGACUUUUGAGCAUCAUCUUCAGCGACUGAGAAAACUCAUUAAAAAACGCUCUGAACUGUAUGAAGCUGAAGAGAGAGCCCUCAGAGUUAUGUUGGAAGGAGAACAAGAGGAAGAGAGGAAAAGGGAACUAGAAAAGAAACAGAGGAAAGAAAAAGAGAAAUUUUUAUUGCAGAAGCGGGAAAUUGAGUCCAAGUUAUUUGGGGAUCCAGAUGAGUUCCCACUCGCUCACCUCUUGCAGCCUUUCAGGCAGUAUUACCUCCAGGCUGAGCACUCCCUGCCGGCUCUCAUCCAGAUAAGGCAUGAUUGGGAUCAAUACCUGGUGCCAUCUGAUCAUCCUGACGGCAGUUCUGUUCCCCAAGGAUGGGUCCUUCCACCGCUCCCCAGCAACGACAUCUGGGCAACUGCCAUUAAGCUGCGUUAGUGCAGACGCUGCAGGAGUGGGGACCAGCAACGCUCUCUGCAGCUCUGGGUAUUAGUGAUGCUGCCAUCUUCUUGUGCUGUAGACUGAACAGCAACCUUCAGCUCCACAUGGCACAGCCCUUCCCAGAAGUUCCGUUUUCCCUCCAUGCUCUGUCCUGGCCAAAUGCGCUUUGGAAACCGAUUAAUAAGGUUCUCUGGAAAAGAGCUAGGUGAACUGAGGCUAUUGCCCCUGAAUUUGCCUGUUUUGAGGGGCUUGGUCCAGAGUGACUGGCUAAUUUACUCAGCUUCCUUAUGUGGCAGCGGGUAGGUACAUGCCAUACACUCAGCACCCAGGUGUGCUCUGGGUAGUUUAGUAGCCCUCUCGCCACUGCAGAGUGUGAAGGCAAACUUGAUGCAAAACCUCCAUAUCCUUCCUACCCGUGCAGCCCUCUGACUUCCAUGAAGAAGAGGAGGAUGCGUUACCUGGGAAGCCCACUUUUGUGCCGCUUGAGAGGCUGUCACUGCAGGCGGGGCUGGCGUAAAGCUGUGGCUCAGCCGGGUGCUCAUGUGGAGAGCUCGGGACCCCUGAGGAGUCCCCACACCUACACGGGAGCGUGUCUCAGUGGGGGACGGCUACAUGCUCCCUGUAGAAGGAUCCUAAUGAAAGGAACCGCUUUGUAAGUUCCUAGAGGCCCAGUUGUUCAGAAUCCCUAAGGAUAGAAGUUUAUUUCCCUGUGGGAGUAGGACCUUAACCUCAAGUCUUGAGAAGGGGCCGAUACAACUGUGGAAUUUCUUAGGAAUAUUCAUGUAGUGAAAGCUGGGGAAAGCAGAUAAAAAUAAUGAAGUUUAUUUUUUUAUAUUCAUUAAUAAAUAAAUGCUCUUGUGCCUGGAGAUGAUCAGUGAUAUAACAUGUCAGUUUUUGUUUUAUUUUGCCUUUUGUCAUUUACUGUUAUUUAUAUUUCCAAAAACCUAAAUAAAUAUUUUUAUUUUUCAGUUUGA